UGGUGGUUCCUCUCUCAAUUGAAAGCUACACGAUUUUGCUUAAAAAAAAAUAAUGAAGGGAAAUAUUUGGACGAAUGGCGGCAACUGAGCCCCGGACUCCUUCAACUUGGCCUGACGUAAACAUGGCGAACAGAGGAAAAUUUAAUGAAGUGUGCUGUCCACAUCACCCCGAAGCUCAUCUUAUUGAAGAUUAUCGAGCUGGAGACCAGAUAUGCUCUGAAUGUGGCUUAGUGGUUGGUGACAGGGUGAUAGAUGUAGGAUCCGAGUGGCGUACUUUUAGUAACGAGAAAGCCAACACUGAUCCGUCUCGAGUUGGUGGUCCAGAAAAUCCACUUCUCAAUGGUUCAGAUCUCUCUACCAUCAUUGGACCAGGAACUGGCAGUGCAUCUUUUGAUGGAUUUGGUGGCUCUAAAUACCAGAAUCGAAGAUCUAUGAGCAGUUCUGACAGAGCCCUCAUCAAUGCUUUCCGGGAAAUCAGCAAUAUGGCUGAUAAAAUAAACCUGCCAAAGACCAUUAUUGACAGAGCAAAUGUUUUAUUUAAGCAAGUUCACGAUGGCAAAAAUCUAAAGGGCCGCAGCAAUGAUGCCAUUGCUUCUGCAUCUCUGUAUAUUGCAUGCAGACAGGAAGGAGUUCCCAGGACCUUUAAGGAGAUCUGUGCUGUAAGCAAGAUUAGUAAGAAAGAAAUUGGCAGAUGUUUCAAACUUAUCUUGAAAGCUUUAGAGACACAAGUGGAUCUCAUUACCACAGGGGAUUUUAUGUCAAGGUUCUGCUCAAACCUUGGCCUCCCCACAUCAGCACAAAAGGCAGCGACUCACAUUGCACGGAAGGCUGUUGAUCUUGAUAUUGUUCCAGGAAGAUCGCCCAUUUCUGUUGCUGCUGCUGCAAUUUACAUGGCAUCACAAGCAUCUGACGACAAGCGGACUCAGAAAGAAAUUGGUGACAUUGCAGGUGUUGCAGAUGUAACAAUAAGACAGUCCUACAAACUUAUGUAUCCUCAUGCUAAAGAACUUUUCCCUGAAGACUUCAAAUUCUCUACGCCCAUUGAAUUAUUGCCUCAAUUAUAGGGUUACUAAAAGCAGUUUAAAAAAUAUUAAUGAAAUAUUACGUGCAAAUAAUAUCUGGUGGACAAAGUGUGUUCCACCCUUUUUAUAGUGAAUUAUUCUUUUGUGGAGUUUUAUUGUAUUUUUUUAUGCAGAGUUAAGUUUUGUAAAUGCUUUUGAGAAGAUCACUUAAGUUUUCAUCUGCAAUAACCUUUUUGUUCCAAGUGGUUAUUAAUUAAUAUGUGGAAGAUUUUAAGAGUGUAAUCUCACACUUAAAUGAGGUGAGGCAUUUACUUGCUUUAGAUACGCUUCCUUUCACAAUUUUUUUUUUUCCUUUAUUUGAUAACAGAUGAGCACUUUGACUUAACCCCCAAAGAGUUUGCAUAAAAGAGUCAUAUCCAUUCACUUUAAUAUUUUGAUAUUUAGGGUGGAAAACUAAGUUUAAAUAUAAUCAAUAUUUGUUUUACACUACGUGGAUCAGAAUAUAGGUAUGGGUAUAACGUGUAGGACUGGAAGCCCAUGUAUGGCUUCUUAAGUUUUCCCGUUGCCAAGAGUGAGACUGUUUCUGUUCAGUUACCCACCCAGUCUGGCCUGACCCAGUGGUGCUUAACCUAACUGACCAAGAGAUGCACAUGUCGUCCACUACUUAGUUCAUAGUAUUUCCAUACAUGAUGAUUGUAAAGUUUUAAACAUUAAUCAGAACGGGAAAGUUUAUUCGUAUUAUUGUACAAAGCUUUGCUAUAAAUAAUUUCAGUUCCUAAUUUAUUUUAUGUGCAUUUCAAAACUAUCUUGAGUAUGGCUGAAGCUUGUAGAGAAAUAAAUAAAAGCUUGACAGUUAUUAGUAUUUUUUAAGAUUAUAUAAUACAGUGGGGGUCCAUUACUUUUGGCAGGUUAUAUUAUUUUUUUACUUAAAUUUUAAAACUAUUCAUAUUAGUAAUACUGAUGUCAAUACAUGCUGCAAAUAUUAAAUUAAUACUAUAUGUAUUUAAUAGUCUUAAGCUGAAUUGUAUUGUAUUCAGAUCUCACUAAGACUUGUUUGUGUGUAGACUCCAGUGUCAUGGUGCUGCAUGAGAAAAAAAUAAAUCUGACUUGGACGGUUAUUAAAUCAUGAUGAUCCAUUGCAUACAUUGACUUUCUCACUUUUUCAUUAGACUAGAUCUGUGUAAUUUUUUUUACAGUACAUCUGUGAAUUAUAUGCAAUAGCUAAUGGAUUUUAAACCAGUAGUUGUCAGCACAAGUCUUAUGAGGAGAGUUAACUAACUUGCAUAUGUUAGUGUUGAAAACGUUGAUCUGUUUUAAGCUUGCUCAAGAGUAUUACAAUUAGUGUUCUGAAUUACAAUUUUUAUCGGAAAUAUUUCAUUUGACGCUUGAUACUGAUUGAAAAUUUUCUUAAUGUCCAGGAAAAUUGUCAUUCCAUUCCAAAAGACCUUAAUAAAAGGUAAUUUUACUCGGUUAAUAUAUUGCUAAAUAUGCAUGUAAUGGUGCCUUCAUUGUAAUCCAUGUCAUAAUGUCCCUAGGGUGGCAUCAGGAAGAGCUAACUCUAGAACCUUUGUGAAUAUAGUGAAGCAAAAUGAAGUGGAUGUGAAUUUCAAGACUGUUGUGAAUCUGAAAGUGUCAAAGCAAAACAAAACUAGUGUGCAAACAUGAGGAGGUUCAUUAAAAUGCAUGAUUUUUCCUUGGUUCAAUUUGCUGUAUAUAGAUUGGUUAAAUGCCAGCCAUAUCAAAGGGUAGCAUUUAGCCUGCCAUUUUUUAAAUUGGCCAUGCUUUGCUCAGGUACACAAAGAUUUCUUUGGUGAAUCUCUUGACUGGUGUUGCUGGUUAUAAAUUCUUUAUUGUGACCAUAUGAGGUUUGAAGCUCUUUUUUUUUCAUAAUAUGUAUCAUGUAUAAACUAAUUUAGUGAUUUUUGAAGAGAUGAGGGUUUUCUAAUUUAGAAAAUGGAGUAACUAUAAAAAGUAUUAAAAAAAUGUAGUAGUGUUUAGAAUGUGAUGAUAAUAUCUGGUCUUUAGGAUUUGUUUGCAAGAACACUAUGCCUAAUACCAUUAUGAAUAUAUUCAUGGAAUUUGCUUAGCAAGUUAUAAGAUAACUUUGCUUUUCUUCUAAAUUACAUGUAAAGAAUAAUAAUUUUUGUCACGUAUCUUUCCCUGAAGUAGAGGAGCAUUUGUUAAGUACAAAUGUCUGCAUAAAGAUAUCUCUACCUUCAACACAAGUGAAGGCAUCCCAAAUAAUAAACACAAUUUAUUUAAACAAGUAAUUAUUGAGAUUAACUAGAAUUGUACAAAUACAGUACACAUCACUAGGCCUCCAUAUCACUUGCUCAGCAGCACCAAGUAUGUUGAUGUUCUUAAACAGUUUAGUGGAUUUAUGUUUUGUACCAUAGUUGUGGUAUAGUGGAUUUGUACUGUGCCCCAUUUGUGGUAUAGCAAGUUAUUCUGCACUUAGAUCAUUGGUGGGACAUACACAGUGCAUGCUGUAUUUUGUGUGCAAGGUGCCCUUUAUAUUCUAUACAUGAAAUACUUUUGAGCAUCGAGACCUAAAUGAAUAUUUUAUCUACAGCACGUGGAAUGGAAAGUGACAGUUUUUAGAAGGUCUGAGCUGUUGUAGCAAUAACCAUUUAUGUUUUUCAGUUUUGCUAUGAAAGUGUGUGUAAUUAUGUGACUGAUUAAUAAAAUUAUAACAAUUAGGUCCAUUCCAGUGUGUAAGAGGUUAAACAAAAAAUUGAAGAUGAACUAUGAGGUUUAUUUUUCUACAUAAAACUAUAAACCAAAAAAUGCCAUAUUGCAUCUAAUUUUUUAAAGGUACCAUUGUGGUAUAUUUCAACAUUGUAAGAUAACACUUACAGGUUAAGUUGCUGCUGCUUUUUUGAACAUUUAUUAUUGGGAAUGAUUCUUCAAAAUUAUCAUAUUUUUUUUCCGUCUAGGACCUGCAUAGGGCCAACCCCCCCCCCCCCCCCCCUCCCUCUCUCCUCUAAAGAAAGAGGAGCUUCCAGAGGAAACUUCCCUUAAAAAAAUUAGAUGAGAUUUUUUCACAAUUAUUUUAGAAUGUUUGAAUGCGCCUCUUUGUUUUCGAAGCAGGAUUUUGUCAUGUCUCCUGUUAUUUUACCGAUUUCUCUCCAUAGACUGGCCAAUAACUAUCAUGCACCUAUGUCCUUUGCAGUAAAUUUGUGUUUAUUAUGUUAUGCUAAUUUAGCUUGUUCUAGGCUCAUAGAAUUGCUUAGUAUUUUUACUUUGUUUCUGACAAAGGUUAUAUUUUAAUGGAGUGCUUUCUUAGUGACAAAGGAAUUUGCCCAUUAUCAAUAAUAGUUAAAGGUACACAUUUGAUGUAUUUAUUGUGUGAUUUUGUAUAGUAAUAAAAUUAUAUAUAA